AAUCGCCAUGCGCCACGUGCCAUCCCAGCCAUCCCAGCCAUCCCAUGGGUCCCAUGGGUCCCAUGGCCCUAUGGCGAUGGGCAAGGUGGAGCUCGGCCCAGAAACUUGGGCUGCAGCCGCUGUGCUGACACUGGCUUUGAUCUUCGUAUGGCCACUGAGGUUUCAAAUGCUUCUCUCCCUUGCAUUGGGCCUUUGCCUGAUGUCUUUGGAGGCGGCCUGUGCUCGCAAGGAGGCCGAGUGGAAGGAGAUUGAGGGACAGAGAAAGAAAGUGGAACAGCUGGUGGAAGAGUCGAAGGAGGAGUGCGCAGCUCUCUACCAGCAGAUCCAGGAUGCUGAUUGUAACCUGAUCCGGGCCACUCGCCAGUGGUGGAGGGCUGCGGGCGAAAGCGUGGGGCUGGCAGCGAGUCGUGCUCCGGUGACUGGGCGGUUGCCUGGGAGCCGCCAAGUGGAGAAGCUGCGACAAGCAGCAAAGGUGCUCCUCUUGUGCUUCCAAUGGACGUCUUCCCCUGGGCCAUGGCCCAGUGCUCCUGCGUGCAAGACUCCCGAUAGGCGCUAUUCUUCGGGAUCAACGUCGCCACUACAGGCUCGAGCCAUCUUCGAAACCUUGCGCGAAGCGGACAGCGUCGAGACGCUCUGAAAAGCU